GGUUCACCACGUGAGGGAACUCGCUGUUUGGUUUCCUUCCUCCUGCUUGUCAUUUACAUUACACAUUGAGAAAGUCAUGGGAACGGCUGCCGCACUCUGAGGGUGGAGACUGCUGUGAUUUACAAAGACAGGAGGUAAUUUUCCUGUGAUUACAAGAUGACUCAGGAUGGAUCAUGAAGCCGCCCGGCUGGAGAAGCAGCAUGUGCAUGAUGUGUACCAGAGCACUGCCCCCUACUUCAGCGACCUGCAGAGCAAGGCCUGGCCUCGUGUCCGCCAGUUCCUCCAGGAGCAGAAGCCGGGCAGCCUCGUCGCUGACAUAGGUUGUGGAACUGGAAAGUAUCUUAAAGUGAACAGCCAGGUACAUACCCUGGGCUGUGACUACUGUGGGCCAUUGGUAGAGAUUGCCCGGAAUAGAGGAUGUGAAGUCAUGGUAUGUGACAACCUUAAUCUCCCCUUUAGGGAUCAGGGCUUCGAUGCCAUCAUCUCCAUAGGAGUCAUACAUCACUUUUCUACAAAACAAAGAAGAAUCAGAGCAAUAAAAGAAAUGGCCAGGGUCUUGGUUCCCGGCGGCCAGCUGAUGAUUUAUGUUUGGGCGAUGGAACAAAAGAACCGUCACUUUGAGAAGCAAGAUGUGCUUGUCCCAUGGAACAGGGCCUUGUGUUCCCAGCUCUUCUCAGAAUCCAGCCAGUCUGGGAGGAAGAGGCAGUGUAGACAUCUGAAAACAAGCCAUCUCUCCCAUCCACCUUGCUCUGAGUGUAGCUGUUCCAUUUGUUUUAAAGAGCAGUGUGGUUCACAGCGGUCCCACAGCAUGGACUAUGAACCUGCUAUGGCUAGAACCUGUUGCACAAAUAUUGCCAAGGAAGGUGAGGAAGAAUAUGGAUUCUAUAACACGUUAGGAAAAUCUGUUCGUUCCUGGUUUUUCUCCCGAUCUUUGGAUGAAUCAACUCUGAGAAAGCAAAUUGAGACAGUGAAACCCUUGAAAAACCCAGAAGGUUGGGCCGACAGUGCUAUAUCAGUCCAGCCUUCCAGACGUUCUAGUUUAGACUUUGAUCACCAAGAGCCAUUUUCAACAAAAGAGCAAAACUUAGAUGAUGAAGUGUUUCUGGAAACUUCUUCUCGAAAACACUUGGAGUGGCCGAGAGCACCAGGCACUUUGAAACAUCUCAAUGGAGACCAUCAAGGAGAAAUUAGGAGAAAUGGUGGGGGGAAUUUUCUAGAUGGCAUGAAUACCAAAGAGGAUUGCGUGGAUGCAGCUAACUUAGAAGAAGGUAAACCUUCUGCUAGUAAAAUAUUGAGGAGGAUUUCUGCAGUCGAUUGCACUGAUUCCAACCCAGAUGACACAAUUUCUGUCCAAGAACAGCCUGACAUUUCGGAUUCCAGAGCCUUUAUGCGCUACUACCACGUGUUUCGAGAAGGUGAGCUGUGCAGCCUCUUGCAGGAGAACGUGUCAGAGCUGCAUGUUCUGAGCUCUGGGAAUGAUCAUGGCAACUGGUGCAUCAUUGCAGAGAAAAAAGAAAAUUGUGAUUGAUUGGAUCAUUUUAGACAAUUUUUUCACUAGGUUUGAUGGGAUUAUCUGAACUUGCAUCCAAUUUUAUUAUUUUUUAAUCCCUUUAUGCUUUGGUCUGUAGAGACUAUGAAUUGAUCAUCUUUUUAAUCUUUGGGUAAGCCCAGAGCCUGGCACCUAAAGCACUUGACAAAGAGUAUUUGUGUUUAAAUGUUAAUGUAAAAGAUCUGAAGAAGCAAUAGAAAACGUACUUUGAUGAGGAAAACUGAGGCAGAAAGAAAUUGACUAAAGCGCCCAAGGUCACACACUUAGUAAUUAUCCCACAACUAGCCAGUGGCGGAGCUGAGAUUCAAACCCAGGAAGUCUGUUCCCCAGCCUGUGCUCUUUACCACAACACUGUACCCUCCCACACGCUGUUCCCAACCACUGUGCUAGGUGGGUUGUAUGAGCCUCGCGAGGUAAGUGUGAUUAUCUCCUUUACAAAUGAGCUUUAGUGAGAUUAAGCAAAGAUUACACUGCUAGCCAGUAAUUGGAUGGUAAUCCCUUACAUAUCC